AUGGCGACUUCGAUGAUGCAUUAUUUCGGCUUCGGCAGCAAUGCUCCCCCCUCUGCCAAGGACGAAGUGAAGAACGAGCCCGUGCGUGCGUUGCCAUCAUCAUGGUACACGUCUCCAGAGAUGUAUGAGCUGGAGCGUCGUGCAAUCUUCUCUAGGAGGUGGAUCUUCCUUACUCACAGCUCACGCCUCAAGGAAGCCGGCGACUGGCUCCGAUAUGAGAUUGCUGGCUUCGACUUCAUUGUUACCCGUGACCGACAAGGAGAUAUCAACGCAUUCCACAACAUUUGCAGACAUCGUGCGUAUCCAGUGAUUGAGAAGGAGCGCUCUGGAAAUUCGAAGAUUCUGUCUUGCCGGUAUCAUGGCUGGUCCUACGGACUGAAUGGCAAAUUGGCCAAGGCUACCGGAUUCAAAGACGCGAAUAGUAUCGACAAAGAGCAGAAUAGCCUCUUCCGGAUUCACGUCAAGGUUGACGCCAAUGGUUUCAUCUGGGUCAACAUGGACGCAAAAGAAGUCCCGGAAGUAUCCUGGGAGGAGCAUUUCCGCGACGUCGACAAGCAGGAACGAUACAAAGCCUACAAUUUUGACAACUAUGAUCUUGAUCACACCUAUGAGCUGGAAGGCCACUACAACUGGAAGAUUCUGGCAGAUAAUUUCAACGAAUGCUACCACUGCCCCACGACACAUGCCGAUAUCCCGGAAUUCCUCAACCUCGACUCCUUCGAUAGCGAUCUCAAAGACGGUCAUAUUCAGCAUCACUGCGUUUCCACACCCGAGCAGAUUGCCAAGGGUCUCUAUACCGCUAGCACUUACUAUUUCCCCAUCACGGCCAUGGUUGUCUCACCACAUUUUAUCAUGGUUCAGAAGUUCCUUCCAAAGAGUGCGAAUAGUUCUAAGAUGGCGUACGAAGUUUAUCGCAACAGAAACUCCUCAGAUGCGGAUUUCAAGCUCAUCAGCGACAUGUACGCGCGUGUCAUGGGUGAAGACAAGGUCCUUUGCAACAACCAACAACUCAACCUGGACCGAAAUGUCUUCAUCAAUGGCCAACUUCACCCGAAGUUUGAAAAAGCACCCAUUUUCUUCCAGAGCACAGUUCGCGAGGUUAUCACAGAGCACUUUGAGCGGGAAAAGGCCGAAGGUCGGGAGAUUUGGCCCGCAAAACAGAAGUUAGCAUGCAACUCGAAGGUUAGCGAGAAGGACGAGGAAAUUUGUGCCUCUAUCAGUUGUGCAGCACAGAAAGAGGUCUUGGCUUGGUGA